AUGCAGGGGGUCCAGCAGCCUCCCGAGCUGCUGGCCUACAAGGCUCUGCAGGCGGUGCAACGCGGUAAUGCCGAGGAACUGGCCAAGUUGAUCCAGGCGGGAGCCAAUGCCCACGUUAUCAACGCAGUCGUCAAGACCGGCACGAGUCCGAAUGGACGUCCGGACCGUGAAGCCAAAGGAGGGCUGCUGUACCACGCAGUGGACAAGGAAAACGUCGAGCUGGUUAAAGUUUUGUUAGGAAACGGAGCUGAAGUCAACGGAUCAAAGCAGGACGAGAGUCCGCCGCCGCUUCGAGCUGCAGUUUUCCGUAAGAACAUCGAGUUGGCGACGCUGUUGCUGAAGCGAGGAGCGAAUGUGAACCGCAAGUACACUAUUGUCACUGGCGCUAGCAAACGCGCAUUGACUGUGCUGUUCGAGCCGACCUCCGAGGGUGUAUUCAGUUUGCUGCUUCGGAGAGGGGGCGAUGUGAAUGUAAAGGAUUCGAUGGGCGAUACGCCACUUCAUGUUCAUGCCUCAAAGUGGAAUGCAAGCUUUGUUAACGGCCUUGUGGAACAUGGAGCUGAUGUGAACGCAGUUGACACGGAUAAUCACACCCCACUAGCUCGCGCAAUUCAGCAAUGGGACUUUCCUGCCGGGUGCGACGAAGAAGUGGACUUUAUUGACGUCUGCCACAUCCUCAUGAGCCACAAGGCCACGCUGCCUACAGCAGAUUCAAUCUCCAGCCGACCCGAACACUCCGACCGACUGCUUUGUCGACUUCAACUCGUGAAAGAGUGGGCUGCACAACGCAAAGUUGGAAUGGUGGCGUUGACCCAUGUACCAAUUGAGAUUUUCCGUCGAGGCACUGACGAAGUUGUCGCGUACUUUGCGUCGAACACGCUCGUUCCAGUUGCUGUCGAGCCGAGCGAGCAGCUAAGAACCGAGGCCCUUCCUGAGCCACCGCGAAGACUGACCAAAAUGGGGGUCUCUGCGUGGUCAGCGGGCGAAGAAGUUCUCCAGAGGCAAGUGGAGAUCUUACCCGCUUUGGAUCGUGCCUCUAGUUCAAGAGUUGCACUGCCCAGCAGCGAUGACAUCAGUCCCUUUCCGGGACUGCCUUCGAAGGCAGCGUUACCGCCAGUGUCAGUCCGAUCUGCUGUGCAGUCAAUGCCCUCGCUGCUGCUCUAUCGACUGAAGAUCAUGUGCGCUACGGGGCUCCGUCGCGUCUUGAAGAUCCGUCGACAGAACCCCUACUGCAUCUGCCGACUGGUUCGUGGCGACGGCGAGAUGCUCGUUCAGUUCCAGACUUCUGUGCACCCGGGAGGCGGUCAAGUCCCCACGUGGCGGGGCCAAGUGUUCCAGCUGGCACUUACGCAGGAAAACACGCGCACGUGCACCUUGGUCUUCAUCCUCAAGCACUCGGGCAUCGUGUCCUCACUCGAUGAACGUAUCGCCGUGGGCAUGAUGCCGUUCCCGCACGUCCCGGUCGGCCACACUCUGAAGCACAAGCUGCUCCUACUGAACAACGACAAACCCGCAGGACGGCUAGAAGUCCAAUUAGAAGCUUAUUGA